AUGUCCGCCCGCAUCGACCUCAACAACACCGCCGGAUCCGCCUCCGCCUCCCAAACCCUGGCGCCAGCGCCACCCAAGCGCGGCCGCGGCCGCCCCCGCAAGAACCCCCCGCCUCCCGCUCACCCGCGCCCUCCGGAUCCCGACACCCCCAUGGUCGGCGGCUUCGCUCCGGGCGACAUGGUCUGGGGAAAGAAGCUAAACCACGCCGCCUGGCCGGGCCUCAUCUACUCCGCCGGAGGGAACGGCACCGGCCACGAGGGCCAGCUCCUCGUCUCCUACUUCGGCGACAAGGCCUUCGCCUGGUGCGACGCCGCCGAGCUCAGGCCCUACGAGCCCUACUUCCCCGUCGCCGAGCUAUACGACGGCAGCGGCGAGGACUUCGACGCCGCCGUCGAGGCCUCCCUCGACGAGUUCUCCCGCCGCGUCGAGGCCGCCCUCGCCUCCGCCGCCCGCCCCUUUGCCCCCGCCGAUUUCCUCGCCUCGCUCCACGAUCUCGCCGCGGAUCGCAUGGGCUUCACCAACAGGGUGCAGGCCGCCGUCGCCAAGGCGCAUCUCAGAGCCUUCGACGCCUUCAGGGCUCUGCCGGACCCACCUCAGUACACCUUGGAGCUCGGUCUACUCCCACACAUCCCGCUCCCGCCGCCCAAUCCUAAGGCUGCCGCGGAUGCCGACACCACCCCCGCUUCCAGGAGGGGCAGGAAGAGGAAGGAGGAACUCGUCAAGGACUACGACUCCGAUGAGGACUGGGACCCCAGGAAGAGGGGUGCCACCGACUCUGAUUCCGAUGUGGGUUUCGACCGCAGGAGAGGAUCCAGGGGCAGGGGCAGUGGCAGCGGCGGUGGCAGUGGCGCGCCCCGUGGCAGGCCUCGAGGAAGGCCCAGGAAAACAGAUGCCUGCAGGGACCCUGCACCACCGCUCAAGGACGACGACGACGGCAUUCAAGACAAACUUGAGUAUCCAUCGGCUGCUGAGAUGUUGCUGCAGCUUUUGUCAGUCGCCGCUGAUCCUGUAAAUGGCAAUUAUGACUCUGCUCCUGUGAUUGUUAGCUUCUUCUCAAAGCACAAGGACUCCGAGGCGCCUAGUGUAUAUGAAGAUAAAGAGUUGCUUGAGACUUUUGGUUGCAAGAAGGGUAGGAAAAAGUCCAUUGUAAGCUUGGGCCCAGCUACAAAGUCAGAAGCCGGCGAUGAUAAGGAUCAGUUCAUGUCUGCGGAUGGUCAGAGGGGCCGGAGGAAGUCCGCUGGGAGCUUGUACUCAGCUAGAAAGGCUGAAGAUUCAUAUUGGUGUGAUAUCAUCAUCAGCGAUUUCGACGACGGAGAUAGUGACUAUGAAGGUCGCAAGAGGAAGCGGCCCUCUCAGAAUACUAACAGGAGUGUCAAUAAGAAGAUGAAGUAG